AUGAAUAAACUCAAUACUCAGCUCAAGAAAAAGGGCCUGGAAAUGGUGGCCGAGUAUGUCGACCCCGAAUUCGGCCCUGUCUAUACCAUCCAUGCCGUGAAAGGUGGUGUCAGCAACAAUGACGUCGCAUACCGGCUCUACUAUGCCGGAGAAGUCACCAAAUGGAGUGCCACCAGAAGGAAGGCCAUUGAGAAGGCCACGAAUCGGCUCAAGGCCGCCAAAGCUAAAGCCGAGAGAGAACGGUCACAGAGUGAAUCAACGAGGAGCACGCCUUCGACGCGAAGCACGCCGUCGAGAUCGUGA